UACCAGUAAGAAAUCUGUGAUAACGUUUCUAAGAGGCAGACCGGUUCAAGAUCCGUGUCCACUAAAUUAUUUACGGUUGUAAAAAAACGCUGUGUACGGCGUGUAAUUCUGAUGAAUCGGCGCGGAAAUCUAUACAAUUGCAAUUAAUAGUGAAAAAAUAUUAAAGUAAAUAUAAACAUCGUCUUAUUUUGACUCACGUAAGAAAACAGGACAUUAAAAUAAUUUUAUUUAAUACGACAAGAUUAAAACCUCAUUUAUUUGCAGCCUAAAGUCGAUCAUCAAUUUGAAUUAAUCCCGGUUUAAGAUAUACACAUGACGAACGGAUUUUUAUUAAAUUUCUAGUAUUACACAUAUUGUAAAGUAAAUGUUAAAUUUAAAUAAUAACUUAAUUACCCUACAAAUAGAAGAAAUAUAAAAGGUAUUUCAGAAAAAAACAACAUCCAGCGUGCGCGGUAAAUCAAUACUAUAAAUAAGAUUAUAGGCUCAAGCCGGCCCAAGCCAGAUGCAAAAGUACAAACUAUUAUGCAAACAUUACAUAAAUUAUUGUUGAUCAGAUAUGAGUUAAUAAUAAACGCAGCGUUUGAUAAAUCAAUGGAAGCGACCCCUUAGAUAAAGGUAUUAUUUAUUAUAAUCCAUUGAGUCCAGUUAAAAACAAAAAAGGCUUUGUAGUAUAAUUGGAUUUUCUCCAUAAUAAAGACAAAAUGUGUUGUUGAAUUAUACACGACAAAGAGCUGUGUUCUCGAAUCAGUAGUUCGUUGUGAAGUUUGAUGUGAUAUUAUGUGUUAAUAAGAUAAUAAAUAUUAUAGAGUUUCAGCAAAUGGUCUCGUUUUAGUGAUUUAUUGAAUAAAGAUGAAUAAAGAAAAAGUUAAAAGCAGAAUAUCACCGUUUUGGAAACAAUGCUUCGUGACAGCAGCAGUGGGAAGCAAUAUCAUAGGCCAUGGCUGCAGCAUCGGCUACCCGGCUGUGCUGUUGCCCCAACUUUUCAGACCUGAUGCACUGAUACCCCUUACCACGGCCUCCGCGUCCUGGUUAGCGGCGGUUUUGGGCAUCACGCAGCUGAUCGGCAGUUUCAUCACGCCUCCCAUCAUGGCACGCUUCGGGCGCAAGAUAGCACAUAUCGCAGUCACCAUACCCGUGCUCGUAGGAUGGUUCAUCACGGUUAUGGCCACUGACUUCGAGGCCUUGUUCGCUGGUAGAGUGCUCCAAGGUUUGUCGAUCGGUAUGCUAGCACCACUGCGGUCUGUCCUCGUGGGAGAAUAUUCUAGUCCAAAAUAUCGAGGCGCCUUCCUCACAACUGUGUCUCUCACACAAUCCUUCGGUAUUUUCUUCGUCCACCUCGUCGGAUCUCUGUUAGUCUGGCAGCAAACUGCUCUGGUUUGUGUAUUCUUCUCCUUCGCUAGUCUGGUCAUGACCAUCUACUCCCCUGAAUCUCCAAGUUGGCUAGCCUCUAAAGGAAGGUACGAAGAAUGUAGAGAAGUCUUCCGAUGGUUAAGAGGCGACACAGAAGAAGAAGAAUUAGAAGAGAUGAUCAAAGCUCGAAUUCUUUUUGAAAACGCACAAUUAAGUCAGAAAGUAGGCAAGAAGACUAACAAGUUUAACGACAUGAUCUCUACUGUGAAAAAGAAAGAGUUCCACAAGCCCAUCAUUCUUAUGAUGCACGCGUAUUUAAUGGUACAAUUCGCCGGCGGUACCACCAUGGCGGCUUACUCCACAAAGAUCAUAGGUUUGGUGUUAGGGCCAGAAACAAACGCUAACUUCUGGAUGAUCGUUCUAGACACACAAAGACUGAUUUCAAAUUCCAUAGCCGUUUUUGUAAUAAAUAAAUUGAAACGGCGAACCAUGAUGUUCGUGACUGGAGGUCUCUGCGUUCUAAGUCAGCUGGCAAUCGCUGCAUACACUUACAUGAAGACUCAAGGGUCCCUUACAUACGACGCGCUCUGGAUUCCAGCGCUGCUCAUCAACCUUCAAUUCUUCACAGUGGCCACAGGAAUGCUGCCACUACCCAACGUCAUAGGAGGCGAAGUCUUUCCCUUAGAGUACAAAAGUAUUGGAAGCAGCAUCAGUCUCGCAACAAUGUCGGUAUCCUUCUUCCUAGUGCUAAAAACCUUCCCAUUUUUAAUAGAAACUACAGGCAUCUACGGGGCCUACACGGUAUACGCUAGUCUCCUAAGUUAUUGUCUGUUCAUAAUCUGGCUUUUGUUGCCAGAAACCAAAGGAAAGACAUUACAGCAAAUCGAGGAUGAGUUCAGAGGCAGACCAUUGAACAAGGAAGAGGUGCAGGAGCGAAUGUCUCUGCAGUCGUGUCCAGUGCUGAACUACAAACGGGAGCUGUCGAUGCGUCGAGUCAGCAGUUCGGUUAUACUACAUUAGGACUCGCUGGAGCAUGAAAUGCUGCCGCAACGAUGAUCGUACAAGGACAUCUUAUCUAUGACGUCACUUUCACGACAUCGAAGUGUGCUGCACUCAUGCUCCUUGUGAAAGUCAAGCAACAAAAAGAACUAUGUGUAUACGAUUUGCGACCUUAAUAUUUGGUGAUAGAUGUGAUAUUGGGGCCACGGUUUUUGUUCUGCCACGUGUGGAGGAUUGUGACUUUGAUUGAUACUAAUGUUGUGAAAGACUGAUAAGGAGUUAACGAAAAUUGACAGGAUGUUAACAGUUUUAACGCCACAUUUAUGGGUCGUGACAAUAAAUCCAAAUCAGUAGUUAGUUAAGUUUUACACCACAGUUGAAGUUGUACAGACUUUGCAUGGACAAAUUAAAUCAUGUGAGAAGUCUGCACCUUAUGUCUAGAAAAGAAGAGCACAGCGCAGUUGCAUACAGUGGUUUCUGUGUCUAUUCUACAUAAUGAUAACCGGAUAGGUUCAUGGGGAAUCGCGUUUACCAUAAGACGUGGUAACGUAACAAGGUCAUCAUGCAAUUGUUUAAAAACAUGCCGGGUAGUAACUAUGUUUAUCUUAAGGAAUUACUAAGUAUUUCACAAAUACUUGUUUUUUAGACUUGAAAUGAUAAAAUGCUCCGUUAUAAUCAUAUCAUUGCGAAAUUAAGGUAAUAAAAUAUAAGCAAUUUAUUGUUUUUUAUCGCAGUGCCAUAUAAUUUGACAUACCCGACUCCCCAUCAAAGUGGUGCAUGAUUUUGAACGGCAAUAAACAGAUAAUGAUCCGGAUCUUAUUGUGGUGCUACAACUGGAUAAUGUGUGGGAACUUCUAUUAACAAUACCGUAAUACUAUGAUGCAGUUAUUGUACUUACGUAUAAUAAUAAUUAUUAAGCUGAUUGAGUCUUUGUAUGGACCUUUGAGUGGUACCAAAAGCUUGGGUAUUUCUAAAAAACUGCUGUGUUCCCGUUUGUACGUCAAUGUAGCCAGUGUUUUGGUCGAAAUUAAAUCACUAGGCAAUUAUAGAAAUAUCCAAUAUCUUAGGAUGAGGGACGCAAUAACAAUUUGAGCGUCAAACAUUCCGUUGUAUAAAAAAUACUUCUCAAUGUAACAGAGAAAAUAUUAUGUGUCAAAUGAUAUUGUAAUAUAAAACCCCAUUCAGAUGAUAGGCAUGCUGUUUUAACAGCGAAUAUAGAUAAACGCGCUCGUAACGCGCUGUCAACAAGGGCCUGUCAUUUGGACAUGGUUUUGGAAGUUAUUCAAAAAUUCAAUAGCACUUUUUGGUUGUUCAGUUAUUAAGCUAAUUGAUUUUUAGCCGACUUCAAAAAAAAGGAGGAGGUUAUCAAUUC